AGAAGAAGAAGAAGAAACGGCUGCAAGCGGAAGAAGCACCGGAUUUGAUUUCGGCUCAUAUUCGCUUUGUGCUACUGGCUCGUUUUUCCUCCGUAAAAACAUAACAGCUCCCGGAUCAUGUCCACACCGGCAAGGAGACGGCUUAUGAGAGAUUUUAAAAGGCUUCAAGAAGAUCCUCCUACUGGCGUGAGCGGAGCGCCGUCAGAGAACAACAUCAUGCUUUGGAACGCUGUUAUUUUCGGGCCAGUGGGAACACCAUUUGAGGAUGGAACAUUUAAGCUGCUGAUAGAGUUUUCAGAGGAGUAUCCAAACAAGCCCCCCACGGUUCGGUUUGUCUCCAGAAUGUUUCAUCCUAAUGUUUAUGCAGAUGGCAGUAUAUGUUUAGACAUUCUUCAGAACCGCUGGAGCCCAACAUACGAUGUUUCAUCCAUACUCACUUCAAUCCAGUCGUUGCUGGACGAGCCAAACCCCAACAGCCCUGCCAACAGCCAGGCUGCACAGCUCUAUCAGGAAAAUAAGAGGGAGUAUGAAAAGAGGGUGACGGCCAUCGUUGAGCAAAGCUGGGUGGACGUCUGAGCUCCUCUCGCUCCGUGCUCUUUGUUCUUCAACACCUUCUCUAUAUCAUCCCCUGUACUUCCGCCUCUCACUUUUACCUCAUUAAGGAAAAUGGAAAAAAAAAAAACAGUAACUUUAUUAAAAUCCAAGUGCCACCGUGAAAAAGAACAACAAAAUCUGACUGGACAGUAACUUGCUUGCCAAUACAUUUUAGGAAAUUGGGGUGAGGUGGGGGGAGGGUUCCAAUAUAUUCAAUCUUACAUUUGUGUUUCAUGUCUUCAAUUUUACUUUUUUUUUAUUGCAUGAUGUGAGAUAAGUUAUUGAUAAGAAGUGCUUGAGUUUUACAGAAUAUAUUCUUUUUUUUUUUUUUUGAAAAGUAUCUUUCUUAUUUUUCUCGCUCAUCUGCUGGUGUGCACACACUUUUUUUUUCCUGUUGUUGUUGAAAGGACACGUGACAUUAAUGACCAAAUCAGUAUAUUUUGAAAGCCGUGGAGAAACCCAUGAAAUGCCUUUCAGAGUUUGUAGCAUCAUCAUUUUCAGCUCCAACCACGGACGUAUCCAGAACAAUCCCCGGCCUGUUCUCGCCAUCUGUUUUAAGAGCUACUGUAAGUUUGGGCUCACACACGUCACAGGCUGCAGCGCUGCUGAUCAAUCAUGUCUCUCCGGCCGGCUGUGUCUGAGCAUUUCUGUUUCUAAGUCAACGUAAAGAUGCGGAGUAAUCUGAACGUUUGUCGGAGCUACUCAGUUGUGCACCCACACCUUUAUUUCCUUGCCAAAGUAAAGGACGCUAAUGCUUUGCCCGUGACGCGUGUCAGUCCAAACAAAGUGACUACACUUUUGAGCCUUCUCUUAAAAUGAUCAAAAGAUAAAAGCAGUGCAGUCCGGUGGAUACACUUUGUUUUUAAGGUAAGGAUUUACGAAGCAAAUAGCUUAAAAAAAAAAAAAGACCACCCACUUGCAGUUUGAACCAUUUUACAUCAAGUGUUUCCCUAAAUGCUUGAGUUGUUUUAAUGCUGCAUUUACCUGUUUAUUUAUUAUUGAUACCCUGUUAAAAUUGCACUUGAUCAUAAAGUUGUAAAUUAAUCCAGUCCAACUCCAGAUUAGUAAUCCAUCAUUAUCAUCAUCAAACAGAACUCUUCUUUUCCAGAACAGAUAAGUCCAUAUUGUGGCUUGUGACUUGUGUCACCUAAUAGGCAGAAGGGAUAUGUUAAGAUUUUGAGAGUCAAAGAAAACGUAUACUUAAAAAAAUAUGCUGUAUAAAACAUAAUAAAACACAUUUUUCAGA